UUAGUUUGUGGCCUCUCACCCGGAUGUUGGUCUCACUCGUAACUCACAUGUCGACGAAAACAGAACCGUGCGGCGUCUAAGAUGGAAAUAAAUACGAAGAAAACGAGUUCAAAAGCUUUGCUGACAUGUGGAAACGGAGAAGGUUUCAAUGAGAAGCUUCUCCUCAAGCCGAAGGCGGACAGGUCGCUGCAGACGGAGAGAGUCCCUCGGAGCAGCGUGUUGGAGCGGCUGCAGAGCUUCCUGCCUCAGAUGGCCGAGGCCAACGAGAAGCUGAAGCAGCAGAUGGAGGACGCUCCUGCUGGGUGCUUUGACAUUGAGAGCGUGGAGGAGGCGGAGCGGGUCAUAGAGAUGGACGUAGCGCUGGUGGAGCUCAGCGGCUCGGAGGGCGACUCUGAGGAAGACGGAGAGGAGACUUCAGACUCUGACUCGGACGAGGACUCGGACGAGGAGAUCGCGAUCACGGAGCCGAACUUUAAAUUCCCCGGAGACAAAGGCAAGAAGAAGAAAGCCAACAUCCAGGUCGUCGACUCGAAGGGAAAGUAGAAACGUCGCCCGCACAGACUUUUUGCUGCGUAUCGAGUUUCUCUGCCGACUGAAGGGACGUGGAUUAAACUUUCUCACAGACACUGGGAACAUAACGCUGCUGUGUGGAGACAAACAGAUCCUUCUCAUCGCCAUGGGAACAACAGUGACUAUUAUUACUGAACGUUUUAACGGUCAAAGUCGCAGAAGUGCCUUUUGGAUCCACAACAGAUGCUUCAAUGAUCAUCAGCUGAUGGGAGCUUCUCGUCACAUAAACACGCCGUGUUUCCAUCAGCUUAAGACGAAAAAGCUUCUUCUUCUCUCAUACGGCUCAGUAGAUUUUUUUAUUUUCUGGUGAAACACAGGUCACCAGAGAAGCAGAGUGUUAUGUUGUGUGGAAAUAAAAAUAAAUCCCCUGUAGAGACACUGCUUCAUUUAAACCCUGAAGUUUCUGGUAUUUCUAAACUUGGACCCUUAAAUGACCACGAGGGACAAAAACGCCUUUUGUUAUCGCUUCAAUCAGCAGCGUUGAAACAACAGGCUGGAAACGGCUGCAACACACUCAUCAGGUCACACUGCGCACAAUGGACGUCGGUCCUCAAAACAGUUCAUACUUUUGGUGCGUUCCAUCCACCUCGGAAAUCAGAUCUCAGAGCUAGGAGUGAUGUCACACCCGCGGUAACGACGUUCCAGUCGAUCAAGCAACAUGGAGGCCUCCAGGAUUACCUUUGCUGAUUUAAUUAAACAGGACUAAGUUGCUAGUAAACACAAUGGUUACAGAUUAAACUUUACUGCUGAUGCGCGUAGCAGCCAUGUUGGAUUUGAGCAACUCUGAAUUUCCGAUUUCUGAGAUCAAAUGGAACAUAUGGUCGCUGACAGGAUCAGAUGUUACACUGAGUGUCUGAUGAUAUUACAGAAAGGAUCCCGACAGAGAAGGACCUGCAUGUUACAGACUCACAGGGUUUUUUAUGCAGCUCUCCUUAAAGCCGCCAGACUCCACUGACCAAAACAUCAUCUUUACGUCGCAGAUCACGAGAGCUGCUGGUGGAUCUUGGCCUUGAACAAUGAGAUUUUUUUGGGACUUUGUGUAACUUCGGUGUUUUCCCAAAUGGUCAGAAAGCACAUGUUCUUUUCUUCAAGAUAAAUUGACUGUUUUUAUCAAUGGAGUCUAGUGGCUUUUAAGAGAGUGAUGUAUAUUUUAAGUUUGGGGGAAAAAAAGCAUCUGUCUCUUUAACAAAUAGGUCUGUCUCUGAAGGGUUUUCAUCCAUUACAGCUUCGAGCUGAGUCAAGUCGAGACCGGCUCUGAGUCUGGAGCACUCUGCUUGUGGCUGCGCCUUGUCUGCCACGUGACCUGAUCUGUACUCGUUACUAUUGUUGAUGCAGAAAGUUGACGGAUUGUGCAAUUUAAGAUGCAACAUAUAUUUAACAGAUUAAACGAUUUCCCUCCAGGACCAAGAUCAUUAUUUUUUUUCUAGAAACUAAAAUCUUCCGUCAGUCGGUUUAUAUUGGCCUUUUUGUUGUACUCCUUUAAUUUUUUUGUGAGCUUCUUAUCUAUGAAUAUUAUGUUGAAGGUAAUCAUACAAUAAAUAUAAAUAUGUUUGUUCCA